GAUAACCAUAGGCUAACCUGAUGCGCUACAGAUCACUUCACUCAAGUCUUCCAGAGGCAUUCAGCACCAUCCCAAAGACAGCAGCCCUCUCAGUCUCCAGUCGCUCAUCUAGCAUGUCUUUUCUGCUUAUCACGGUCUUAUCUUCACUUGUGGUAGGGGAUGCUGAAGCGUGGGGCGUCAGUGUAAAGUACGCGGUAAACUGUCCGGACAGAUGCAACCCAGCCGCGUGCGGGACGCAACGCUGCGCACGGACCGUCCUGGAUGACUGCGGAUGUUGCCAAGUCUGUGCUGCCGGCAGAGGCGAGCACUGCUACCGCACAGUGUCUGGGAUGCACGGGGUGAAGUGUGGACCUGGCUUAUUCUGCGAGUUCUACAAGGAUGAAGAUGAUUAUGGAGAUGAAUAUGGAGUCUGCAAAGACUGUCUCUUUGGAACUUAUGGGGUUGAAUGCCGCAAAACAUGUAACUGCAAAGGGGGGAUCUGUGACCGAGAGACAGGAGCAUGUCUAACUCUCCGCUUUUUUGGCAAACUUACUAGCAAACUCAAACCUGAAAUACAAGCAGCAGAGGCUGGAUCUGGUGAAUUGAGCACUCAACAGAACACAGUGCAACACUCAGUCAAAGCUCCCAAGUGGCUCAACCCUCGCUGACCAGCAAUGAGCCGACUGGAGUCACCUGUGUAAAUGUAGCAUUAACUUAUGAAUCAUAUGAUCUGAAUAUGUAUUUUAUUCACUUUAAACAAUAUUGGCCUCCACUAUAACUGCAUUUUGUAAUAGGCCUAUGUAAACAUAAAAGGAAACAAGAAGCAAUGUACAGCACAAACUCAUCUAAAUAUAAAUUCUGUGAAUGUUAUUAAAAC